ACGACCGUAUUAGCAAUAAAGUAUUGGAGAAAGCAGCAGCCUUGCGCAUCUCUCUACGUUCUUCGUCAGGCCAGAGUUGUUUCGAUCGGUGGAAAAGGAAAACCCGACUCCACAACAACAUCCCCUCAGCACUUUAAGCAAUUCAACUCCCAUUAAGCCACCAACCAGACCACCUUCCUUCGAGUUCCGUGUGUUUUUCAUGAACUGAAAGGCAACUCUGUAAAAACAACGGCAACUUGUCACGUUGGUUGAAAACUCAGAUAUGUUGACAUUUAGUGGUCGAGACCAUAUUUAUUUUCCUGGGGAGGAAAAGUGAACCUAUUGACACAGAAAUAUUGCAGUCGGAUAUGAAUCUGGCUUGGAGAAACAACACAACUGCUUCCCGCAUGGUUUACCAGAAACCCUUUGAUUGUACACACAUGUCAACAGUCAGCCAGUCAGUUUUUUAAACAAAUGUGAUGUGAAUCUCUCCUCUUUUGAGUCAUCAUUACGCCAACAAAGCUUUGUGCCCGGAUAUCAUUUAUUUGGUCCCUUAUGCCAUCGAAAAGAUGAAAGCAUGCAGUGAACCGGAGAUUCACUGCCUCAUUAAACGGAACCUUAUUGCUCUCUAAUUGCCUGAAAUAACGAGUCCUCGUAAAGAGAUACAUGACGUAUUUUUAUUUCCUCUUCAUCUCUCUCUUGACAACAACAAGUCUUCUCUUCACAAUUUAUUUUGUUCUUUUGACGUGAGCUCGGCGGAGAAAGCAGAGGGAAAGGAAGGACAGGACCGCGUUGCCAUUUGGUGGUGCAAAAUUUGGUGGCUGGUUGGAGUUUGGAGUGUGUCAAGUGGGAUAGAUUUUGCUGGUGGUGGUGGUGCUGUUCUGUUCCCUCCCCUCCGACCAGGAUCCCCUGUUUCUUCUUAUUUUCACUUUCACGCGACUUUCUUCGUCCCCAACGAGGAGAGAGAAAAGAGGAGCGAGAACGAGAGUGGCAGUGUUGCCCGUGGUUGCAAAGGACGACUGCCAUCGUUACCUUCUCUCUCUACCCGACUCUCGCUCUCUUUCGGAUUAAGGGAAACCUUUCAUCGGGACGAAAUAAUCCAUCCAAAAUAAAUAUUCCAAUUAGCAGUUAGUCGUCGUCUUCAAUUAGUGUUGCACCUACACAUAAACACCUGGGAGGGAGAGAGAAAGCUGGUUUUUACACUCUUUUACGAACUGCUUUAAAACUCUGCUGCUGCUCAUUGACCAGAAUACAUAAAAAAAGAGGAGGAGAUUUAUUACAUCUAACAAGAAGAAUCAAAAAAAUAAAUUAAAACUUAAUAAUAUCCUUCAGUAUACGCUUCAUGGAAAUUGGUGGAAAUUAUCGUGAUUCAUCCCUCCAUAUUUUUACCAGUAAAGGUUCUUCUAAUCAUUUCGGGACCAUUUUGAAAUUGUCCGGAACAAAGUAAUAAGAUCGAUAUCCAAUCAAAUCCAAUCCACCCAUAAGAAAACAACGGAGAUCAGAAUCGAGAUUAAUUUCUACUAGGGCACUGUGAAUCAUCAGUACGGUGGGUGGUUCUUUUCCAUACAUAUUUUCUCGGGAUACGGGAAAGAUUGUAACAAAAGUUGAAAAAAGACAGAUUUUUUUCAUUACGGACAAAACAGUGUGAAAUCAGUGCGAACAGUAUUUCCAAAAAAGGAUCCAAAUCCUUUUACAAUGGUGUCCCGUUUAGACUCGUUGAAUUCAUGGUUGUCAUCUCUCUCCUUGAAAAUUGGACAUCAUCGUCACCGCACUCGAAAAACGGGUCGUUCUAAUGGUCUUCCAAGGAGUAGCACGAUGUCUACCGCGGAUGGAUUUUGCCGCAGCACAACUUUCCCUACUUUGGCUCCCGUGGCGGAACAUCCACGUGGGUCGGAUGGCGAAUCGGAGGAAGCAUCCGCAGCCUCGGACGAUUUUGCAUCUCCGGCCAGAAUCCGUCCAUCGCAUGGCGUCUCUUCCUACGGGGUCACCCUCCGACAAAAGAGUCAGCGGAGACACUCCGAGAUGGAUCUUUCUCAAGACAUCAGCAAGCGACUCUCUCUUCCGGCCGAUCUGCAUAUCCCGGAGUCAUUCUUGGCGAAACAGGCAGCCUCCUCCUACACCGUGGUGGAAGCUCCCCUCACCAGAACUUCCAGGAGACAAAGUCUUUCCGAAAUUGGAUUUGGGAAGAGUGAAACUUACAUCAAGCUUGACAAAUUGGGAGAAGGGACGUAUGCAACUGUGUUCAAGGGAAAGUCACGCCUUACUGAAAGUCUGGUAGCGUUGAAGGAAAUUCGUCUCGAACAUGAAGAGGGUGCACCUUGCACAGCGAUUCGGGAGGUGUCAUUGCUGAAAGAGUUACGUCAUGCGAACAUAGUGACACUUCAUGACAUUAUCCACACUGAGAAGUCUCUGACUCUAGUGUUUGAGUAUCUGGACCGGGAUCUCAAACAGUAUAUGGACGCGUGUGGUGGGGUACUGAGCAUUAACAAUGUCAAGCUAUUCUUAUUCCAACUGCUCCGAGGUUUGGCGUACUGUCACAGGCGGAGAAUUCUACAUCGGGACCUUAAGCCGCAAAAUUUAUUGAUCAAUGAUCGAGGAGAAUUAAAGCUUGCCGACUUCGGUUUAGCUCGUGCCAAAUCCGUUCCUACGAAGACUUAUUCCAACGAAGUGGUAACUCUGUGGUAUCGUCCCCCUGACGUCCUUCUUGGGUCCACAGAAUAUUCGACCCCAAUCGAUAUGUGGGGUGUUGGCUGCAUAUUUUGCGAAAUGGCGAGUGGAAGACCAAUCUUUCCUGGGUCAACGGUUGAAGAUCAGUUAAAAUUAAUUUUCCGCACACUUGGAACACCGAAUGAGGAUUCAUGGCCAGGAAUUUCUACCAACGAUGAUUACAGAUUUUACGACUUUGAACAAUGGCCACCAGAACCGCUAGUCUCACGAGCACCAAGAUUAGAUGGAGAUGGGAUUGAACUCUUGUCCAAAUUUUUAAGGUAUGACGCAAGAAGCCGGGUCAUCGCUCAUGAAGCAAUGCAAUACCCUUUCCUCAGGAAAUUAUUCACUGCCACGAUGCGGCUUCCGGACACCGCAAGCAUAUUUUCAAUUUCCUGGAUCCAACUGUCCAAAGACCCAGGAUCACGGUGUGGAAUCAAUAAUUCAAAGCCUCAAGACAGCCACGGAUCGGACAAGCGUCACAGCGUUAUACUUUAAGGAGACAGCUAUAAAACAAGAAUAAUGGAAAAAGAACAACAACUUUAAUUACGUAAUUUCUUAUUGGGAUUAAAUUAUUUUGCUACUUUGUAACUAUUUCAAAAACGGGUGGGUGGAUGGGCGGGUUGGUUUAAUGAUUAAUUCUCUUUGGUAAUCUGUUUCAACAAAAAAAAUCUUGCUACUUUUUUUAACCAACAUUUUCAAAUUCAAAUUGAUUAUCAAUCAAUACCAAUUUCUUUCAUUUCGAGGGGAACUUUAUUAUACCAGUGAAUUCCAUUAUUUGUCACUCUUUAAUACGACUCGUUCUUCAAAUAAGUAAUAUUUAAAACUUCCUCACGAGACGAGCCAGCCGCACAAGCAAACGUUGGAGGCAUAGUAUUACCUUCUCUCAUCCUUUAGAGAAGAACAUGCCAAAUUGUAUACCACUUAAGAAGAUGCGAUUCAUAGUGAGUAGAAUGACUGACCGAAGCAACAAUUUUUUGCAACGGAUUAAACAAAAGAAUUACUAAGUUAUCAUAUUUAAAUACUCAAAGUUAUCAAAAAAACAACAACUUUUAUUGUUAUACUUACCUGUUUCUGAGAUCUGAGAUUGCUCACACUCGUAAAAUACCCUUUGAAAAAAAAUAUCCCAAAAUUAAAUAAUUACAAUCCUCUCCUCCAAAAGAAACAAAAAACUUAUAUCUCUGUCUUCUCCACUCUUAUACAAAUACAUAAUAAUUACAUAAUUUUCUCCGCAAAAGUGUCAAAAACAUGUCGUCUGAUUCGAUUUUUAGUGCGUGUCGUAUAUACCUCUAAUUGUAAUAAUAAUGGUAAUAAUAUUUAUAAAACUCGUGCAGGAACGUACGUACGUAGACAUGUUUUAACAAAACAUUAUACUAAUUGGUUCUGCAAACGAAAAAUUAGCGUGUGGAAAAUCGAAUCGCAUCCGACACACGUGAAUGACGAUGACGGACGACGACCACGACGACGAUGACGACGUGUUAGUUGUGCAUAUUGAAAUCUAACGGUGCUUCAAUUUAAAGCACAAAAAACAAAAUGAAUGUAAUACUAAAUUAUUACUAAAAAAUUAGGUAAUUUUAUGUACGUACGUAUGUAGAGGGAUUAUUCUCGCAUGUGAUGAAAACGAAAUUUAAAAUUUCCUUAUUUCUCGUAAAAAUAGAUAAACAAUAAUAAUAAUAAAUGAUAAUUGUUGUUAUAAAAAGAAUCGAUCAAGAUUGAAACGAAGAAGAAAAAGAAUACUUUUACGAUUUUAAAGACUGCUAAAAAUGAAAACAUUCGUUUACACUGCAAUUCUCAUUCUCAUUGCAAGAUUGAUUUGGAAAGAGGUUCAUGGUACGAAAAAGUGUUCCAGUUUCCUUCCGGUGAAAUGAGACACGAAAUAAAAAAUGCAUGCCCACUUUGUUAGAGAGAAAGCAACUGCUGUGCUGUUUACUUUCUCCACUUUUUUCUCCCCAAAUUAUGGGUGGCAGAUGUUUAGAAAGAUAAGAACACCACCAGUUUCUCGAUGGAUGGAUUAUUAAGAGUAAAUAAUAUGUGACUCGAACCUGGGUUAAUUGUUGUUACGUAUUAUUAAUGUUAUAAUAAAAUAAAUGUGAAUCAAAAAAAGAAUAAAAUGAAUUGUUCGAAUCACAAA